AUGAAGAAAACUGUCAGCCUAAAGUUAACGCAGUGUUGGUUUGCAGUGGCAAGAUGCCUUUUCAGUGAUUCCAGUGCAUUUGGAAUAGGAGGUGCAGAUCAUGAGCUUUUGCUUUUGUCCCGCUCGCGCCAUUUUCCAUCCUCUGAGGAAUUUGCCAAUGAUGUGAUGAACCGUGGAAAUAACGUGUAUGGAAAAGAGCACUUUAAUGAUCUGUCUGAUAAUAUCAAAAAAAUUAUUACUAGCGACUAUCCGACUCCUGAGGAUUCGGAUAGCAGUUUGUAUAAAGGAAGCAGUGUGCAGGAGACACUCGAUGACCAUUUGGAGGAUCAACGUUUUGGUCUGGAUGCCAAUGGUCAUAUUCAGCUUGAAAAAAGCUCCAUUGGAGCUGAUAAUCCUCAUCCGAGCACACCCACUUUUAGUACUUCGUCGGCUGAAGCUUCCCCCUCAUCUGAUGCCCAUGUUGAAAGCGAAAAUAGUCAGCAGGUACCAAAGGGUUUUGAGCAUGAAAUAUGCAUGGAUCCUACCGCACCCAGUGAUUCUGCUGACUUGAACAAUCAAUCCAAUGUGAGUGUGGUGAAUGAUAUUCUUGAAGAAAAGACAAGCUCAUAUUCUGCUAUUGAGAAUGCAUCAAGUAUGCAGAUAUCUUCAAGUAAGCCUGCUGAAGUGUCCAAUCCAGUCAUCUCUGAUUUAAAUCCUAAAAGCAAUAACUUAAGUCAAAAUGGUGGAAAAAGUUUUGCUAACAAUGCUAUCGAAACUGCUAUACUGGCUAAUUCAUCUUCAGCUCCCUCUUUAUUACAUGCAUCUGAAGUCUGCCCAAAUCCAAAUAGUGCCGAUGGCUUUAAACAUCUAGUCAAUUUGCAGUCUCAUGUCGGCGGUGAAUCAUUGGCAAUGGUGAGGGAGCCAUCAUCAGACAUGACUGCUGGUGUGUUUUUAGAUGUUCCAAAUCUUUAUGAGAAUGCGCGGAACCUGGCUCAACAGACUCAGCAGCUUAUUGCUGAAUUGGUGAGCUAUUUUGUUAAUAGUGUUGUUAGUUAUGUGGGCUACACGCAUAGUUCAGUCAAAGCUGGCUUUAGCUACGUUCAAUCCGUUGCUGAUGAAAAUGCUGUUCUAAAGGCCAUUGGUUUCAAUUUAGCCUUGCAUUUCAUUCGUCUCGUUAUGGGCCUUAUUGAAGAAUGCAUUACUUUCGUCUUUAAGUGCUUGUCUCUAGUACUCCAGACACUUAAGAAUCUGAUAUCCAGUCUUAUUUCAUUGAUAUUGAACAAUAUCCUAGUUACUAUGCUUAUUUUAACUGGUUUUAUAACUGUUGCCAUAAUUACUAUUUCCAUUACCAUAUUUUUAGGCUAUAACACUAAGUUAGCAAACUGGUUCAGAAAGAGAGCUAACAAGAUUGCUACAAAUGAUACCAGUAAAAGACGCAUCAUUGAAAAUGCAAAGUCGAAACAAUUUGUUGAUAAACAUGGCCUGCAUAAGGCUGGCACUGCUUCGCAGUAUGUUAUUAAUGUUGGAAAACAGUCCAAUUCUAACAGUAGCAAAUCCAAUACCAAGUCUAUACCUGAGCAACCAAGUUAUGAGAUACCUAAAGUAUCUACCCAAGUAGACGAGGAGGACAGCAGUCACAUUGCCCCUAAACAAGAUCUUCAAAGCCAAUUAACUGGUGAACAUGUUGAAGUAGUCGAUGCAAAAACUUACAGUGAAUCAGCUAUCAAGCCGACCGCAACAGACGGUGAAACCAACGAUCAAUCAGCAGUUAAGGAACCCAUUUAUGACCAUGAGAACGACAUGGAAGAAUUUAAUCCAAAGCUUGCAGUAAUUCCUGGAUUAGUUGAGGCUGGUAUUUAG